UAUUCAGCUUCUCGCUAAAGUGGAAAAGUAGAAGCGAAGAACAAUAAACCCCCCUGGAACAAUUACUGGAUUAUGAUGGCAAAUUAAAGAAGGAAAUGAUUAUUUAACUUAAUAAGGUCCAGAAGCAAAAGAGGAGACCAGCUGCCAAAAUGGGCAGCAAAGAAAGGUAUCACUGGCAGAGCCAGAAUGUCAAACAAAGUGGAGUUGAUGAUAUGGUCCUCCUGUCUAAAAUCUCGGAAGAGGCCAUUGUGGAGAACCUCAAAAAGAGGUACAUGGAUGACUACAUAUUUACCUAUAUAGGAUCCGUCUUAAUCUCAGUUAACCCAUUCAAACAGAUGCCUUAUUUUACAGAUAGAGAAAUUGAAUUAUAUCAAGGUGCCGCUCAGUAUGAGAAUCCCCCGCACAUCUAUGCCUUGACAGACAACAUGUAUCGUAAUAUGUUGAUAGAUGGCGAGAACCAGUGUGUCAUUAUCAGUGGUGAAAGCGGAGCAGGGAAAACAGUGGCUGCAAAAUACAUUAUGGGAUACAUAUCCAAAGUGUCUGGGGGUGGAGACAAAGUGCAGCAUGUCAAAGAUAUCAUUCUCCAGUCCAACCCUCUUCUUGAAGCAUUUGGUAAUGCUAAGACUGUACGAAAUAACAACUCCAGCCGAUUUGGUAAAUACUUUGAGAUCCAGUUUAGUCGUGGGGGGGAGCCAGAUGGUGGGAAAAUCUCUAACUUCCUUUUGGAAAAAUCCCGAGUGGUCAAUCAGAAUGAGAAUGAGCGCAACUUUCAUGUCUUUUACCAGCUGCUAGAGGGGGCUUCACAAGAACAGAGACAGAAUCUGGGGAUAAUGUCAGCUGAUUAUUAUUUUUAUUUAAAUCAAUCAGAAACAUACAAAGUGGAUGGAACAGAUGAUAAGAGUGAUUUCUAUGAAAUGCUGAACGCCAUGCAAGUGAUCGGUAUUACCGGGGAGGAGCAGCAGUUAGUCCUGCAAAUCGCCGCUGGCAUAUUACAUUUAGGGAACAUCAACUUUCAAGAACAAGGGAACUACGCCGGGGUAGAAUGUGCAGACCUCCUGGCUUUCCCUGCCUACUUGCUGGGUAUAGACAAGGACCGUCUAAAUAAUAAGAUUACUAGUCGUAAAAUGGACAGCAAGUGGGGAGGACGUUCCGAAUCCAUCACUGUCACCCUAAAUGUUGAGCAGGCCUCCUACACUAGGGACGCUCUAGCAAAAGCACUAUAUGCAAGGGUGUUUGACUUUCUGGUAGAGUCUAUUAACAGGGCCAUGCAAAAACCUCAUGAAGAAUACAGCAUUGGAGUGCUAGAUAUAUAUGGCUUUGAAAUAUUCCAGAAAAAUGGCUUUGAACAAUUUUGCAUCAAUUUUGUGAAUGAGAAGCUGCAGCAGAUCUUCAUUGAGCUGACAUUAAAGGCUGAGCAGGAAGAGUAUGUGGCUGAAGGUAUAAAAUGGACACCCAUUGAUUAUUUCAACAAUAAAAUUGUGUGUGACCUAAUUGAGAACAAGUUGAAUCCUCCAGGAAUUAUGAGUGUGCUUGACGAUGUGUGUGCAACCAUGCAUGCUACAAGUGGUGGGGCAGAUCAAACACUGUUACAGAAGCUCCAAGCAGCUGUUGGGAACCAUGAACAUUUCAACAACUGGAACUCAGGCUUUGUGAUUCACCAUUAUGCAGGGAAGGUAUCUUAUGAUAUAGAAGGAUUCUGUGAAAGGAAUCGAGAUGUUCUUUUCAGUGAUCUCAUUGAGCUGAUGCAGAGUAGCGAAUACCGAUUUAUGCAGAGUCUCUUCCCAGAAAAACUAGAUUCAGAUAAAAAAGGUCGACCAAGCACAGUGAGCUCAAAAAUUAAGAAACAAGCCAAUGACCUUGUAAACACUCUAAUGAAGUGUACUCCUCAUUAUAUCCGCUGUAUCAAACCCAAUGAAACCAAAAGGCCCAAAGACUGGGAGGAAAACAGAGUCAAACAUCAAGUAGAGUAUCUAGGCCUGAAGGAAAACAUCAGAGUGCGCAGAGCUGGUUAUGCAUAUAGGAGGGUGUUUAAUAAAUUCUUACAAAGAUACGCCAUCCUGACACCAGAAACCUGGCCAAGGUGGAGAGGAGAUGAGCGCCAGGGAGUACAGCACCUAUUGAGAUCGGUAAACAUGGAUUCAGAUCAGUACCAGAUGGGCAGAACCAAAGUGUUUGUUAAGAAUCCUGAAUCACUAUUCUUACUGGAAGAAAUGAGGGAGAGGAAAUUUGAUACGUUUGCUAGGACCAUACAAAAAGCAUGGAGACGUUAUAUCGCCAGGAGGAAAUAUGAGCAAAUGAGAGAAGAAGCUUCUAACAUACUUUACGGCUUCAAAGAGCGACGAAGAAACAGUAUCAAUCGCAACUUUGUUGGAGAUUACCUGGGCAUGGAAGAUAAGCCAGAACUCCGUCAAUUCAUGGCCAAACGAGAAAGAAUUGACUUUGCUGACUCUGUUAACAAAUAUGACAGAAGAUUUAAGAGUAUUAAAAGAGAUCUUAUUCUCAGCCCCAAAUAUAUUUAUUUGAUUGGACGUGAAAAGGUAAAGAAAGGACCUGAGAAAGGUCAGAUCAAGGAAGUCCUGAAAAAGAAACUGGAGAUUCAAUGUGUGCAGAGUAUUUCUCUCAGCACUCGCCAGGAUGACUUCUUUAUUCUACACGAAGGGGACCAUGAUACUCUUCUGGAGUCCGUGUUCAAGACAGAGCUCAUUAGCCUGAUGUGCAAACGCUAUGAGGAGAUGACUAAAAGUAAACUGGCCCUCAACUUUGCUGACACCAUUCAUGUUCGAGUGAAGAAGGAAGGCUGGGGAGGAGGUGGAACCCGAGGCCUGCAGUUUAUGAGGGGGCAGGGUGAGGUUGCCAUGAUGAAACCUGGAGGCAAAACACUGAUGAUCAGCAUUGGGGAUGGGCUACCUAAAAACACCAAACCCACAAGAAAAAGUGCUCCCCAGAGUCGUGGACAUCGACAACCUCCAAACCGUGCUGCUCCUCCACCUCCUACAAGUGGCUUUAGAAAUGGUGGCCCUCAUGUCCCCAAAAGCAGCUCUAGAACCCCAACUUACAGCCAAGCCCAGCGGCAGGUCAGAGCUCCACCUGCUGCUGCCAUACCCAAAAGCUCUGUCCCAAGAAGAAGCCGACUUCCCUCAGAUCACAACAUGGAAUUUCUCAAUGUACCAGACCAGGGGGUAGCUGGAGCUCAGAGGAGAAAGAGUGUGAGCCAUAAACCUCCACCAGGAGUGGGACGGCCAAAACCCCAGCAACGACCCGUAGGACCUCGAUGCAAAGCUCUUUACCAGUACCUGGGCCAGGAUGUGGACGAGCUCAGCUUUAACGUUAAUGAUAUUAUUGAUAUUUUACUGGAAGACCCAUCUGGCUGGUGGAAAGGAAGACUUUAUGGAAAGGAAGGAUUAUUCCCAGGCAAUUACGUACAGAAAAUAUGAACUCUGGUUCACUGGCACAAUUCAAAGUGAUUUCAAAUCCAAAUACAUUUUUUAAUAAACUAUAUAGAAGACUGCUCUUUGCACAUAAACAAAUUAAAUACACCAUUAUGUCUAAAAA